UGUUAAUUUUAGUUAAUUAAUUGCUAAUUAAAAUGGGUAAAAAAAACAAAACUUCUGCUGUUUUUACUGAAAAUGAAAUUCUCAUAUUUGAAAACAAUUUCGAUGAAAUUUUGGAGAAAACUGGGUGUUUUAACGCGCGAUCGAUUGCCAUAUUCGUUACAAUGUAUAUUGUGAUUAUGUUUGGGGCAAUGCAUAUUGGUGGCGUGGUGUUUCUUGCUGCCAAGAUGGACCAUCAAUGCAUAGUGGAUUCUGGGACCAUGGACUUGGUAUCAGAGAAAUGUCAUAUCAACUGGACAGAAACGGAAACCAUGAAGAGCAGUCCAGUGGUGAAGAAUAAAACUUCGAAAUGCACCAGGUUCACCAACGAGUAUCUGCUUAACAUGAGUUGCUCAUCUUGGUCGAGUAGCUCUCCUCUCCCACCAAGUGGUCAUAUCGAACCAUGCGAAGCGUGGAGUUACGAUCAAUCUGUAUUUCAAUCGACGAUAAUAUCUGACUUUAACCUUGUGUGCAGUAACACAUGGAAAACUAAUGUGUCUCAGAUGUUAUUGAUGUUUGGGGUGCUGAUUGGUGCAUUAGUGGUUGGGAUUUGCUCAGACAGGUUUGGCAGACGACCUCUCUUCAUUAUAUGUUUGUUAGCAUUGCUAGUAUCUGCUAUAUUGAGUUCGAUAGUUAAAGAUUAUUGGUUAUUCUCAGUAGUGAGAAUGGUGGUUGGUCUCGCUUCUAUUGGCUUGUGUGUGUCUGGAUACGUUUAUGCGAUGGAAAUCAUGGUGGAGAAAUAUCGUGUUUUAUUCGGGCAAGCGAUCCACGCCACAUUUUCAUUCGGUUUCAUGUUUUUUGCUUUGUUUGGAUAUUUAGAAAGAAGAUGGGUGUUCCUUAAUUAUAUCAUUGCUGUUCCCCUUGCACUUUUACUUGUUAUAUACCUAUGUGUUUCUGCUGAGUCGCCCCGUUGGCUAGUGUCCAAGAAGCGAUCACACGAAGGAUUGAAUGUUUUCCGCCAACUCACAAAAAAAGAUGAUCAUAUUUUGAAAAAUGUCUUGAAAGUUUUAGAGAAAAAUACAACUCCUAUAUUAAAGAAAUCCAGCCCCAGUGUUCCCUACAACGAUUCUGGUGAAGUUAUUGUUGAAGGAAACGAAUCUGGCAACACUGUAACAAUAUUCAGGAAUCCUGUCUUAAGAAAAAUAUCGUUUAUUUUCUUUUACAACUGGUUCGCGGUCACUUGUAUAUAUUAUGGUCUUACUCUUAACACAAGUUCAUUAGCAGGCGACCCGUUUCUAAAUUUCUUCCUGUCCGGCCUUGUUGAGAUACCCGCCAACUUUGGAGCAGUGUUGCUCAUCAAAUUAUGGGGAAGAAGGCCAACAGUUUGUUUGGGAAACACUGUAUGUGGUGUAGCACUAGUUGCAAUGGUGUUAGUGCCGGAAGGUUACCAAGCUGUGGAUACAACAUUAUAUCUCAUUGGAAAGUUUUGUGCAACUGCUAUAUUCAGUACAAUCUAUCUUUACACUGUGGAACUAUACCCCACCCCUCUCCGGGGGAAUGGAGUCGGCAUAUGCAGUGGCUUUGCUAGGAUUGGUGGCCUUACCUCAUUGUUAAUAUUAAUGCUGGGACAAAUAAACACAACUCUUCCGUAUCUUACAUUUGGAACUAUUGCUCUGGUAGCAGGGUUCCUUAUAGUGUUGUUACCUGAAACCAAAGGAACCAAACUACCGGAGACAGUAAAAGAUUCAGAAGAUUUAUAUACGAGACGAAACCGCACCGUAAUCCAACAAUGCUUAUGCAAAAAUAGUUGAGCAGUCUGUUCACUCCCAUAUGUUGUUUGGUCCCAUACCUCAGUUCUUCCAACUAAACGUUCUAUACACUGUGGGAUAUUGGUUGCCCAAAUUAGUGUUCCAAAUGCAAGUUCCAGCUAACCGUACUUUGUACUUUUUUGCGAAUAAUGGGCCAACUCUGGCCAAAAUCUCAUAGCAUGCCUAACUGUAGGACCUCACCCAUAUAAGAAUAGAAUGUGCAUAUACAAUGUUGGGGUAAUGAACCAACUUUGGUCUAAAUUCCAGGUCCCAUGGCAUGCCUCGCUGUAGGACCUCACCCAUAUAGAAUAGAAUGUGCAUAUACAAUGUUGUAGUAAUGGACCAACUCUGGCCUAAACCCCAGGUCCCAUGACGUGUCUCACUAAAGGCUUCAUCUCUGGCUUAAAUCCCUGGUCCCCUGGCCUACUAUUAGCACCUCACCGAUAUAGAACUUAACCCGAACGUAGAAGUCUAUAUACCCUAACUUAUUUCACCGUAAUGGGCCAUUUCUGUACUAAAUCCUAGAUACAACAGCAUACCUCAAUGUAUGACCUCACCCAUAUAAAAUAUACAUGGCUGCCCAAUAAAGACGUAGUGUUUGUGUGCGAGUGUUUAUACUUAUUAUUCUUUGUGCUAAUAUUAUAAUUUUUAUCUUAGUAUGGCAACUCUGGCUUAAAUCCCAGGUUCUCUGGCGUGCCUAACUGUUGGACCUUAUGUCGAAAAAUAGAAACUUUUUAUAAUUUCCUCCCACCUACUAAAACUAAACCGGUAAUUGUUGAAACAUUUUAAUUAGUUUGUUAUCUAACUAUGACCCAACUUUUAAAUUUAAAUCUUGAAAUAACGAGUGUUUGUAAUUCGCUUUCCAUUCUUACCAUGCUUUUAUUUAUUUGCGUUGCAUUUUACUUCUUUGAGAAUUGUGUGUUACGUUUUGCUAGCAGUUACAAAACAUGUGAAUAUGACUUUUCAGUGUACUGUGGAAGGUAGGUGCUGAAAUAUUGUUUGGUUUAUAAUAGAAAAUACAAGCAAUUGAGAA